AUGGCAACGUUUAUGUACUACUCCUGGGGUCGUUGCUAUGGCAACGCUUAUGAAUUUCAUAUGCAAACCGCUUAUGCACGACCUCGCUUUAUCGAUAUCUCGAUUGAACCCGGUGAAUCCCGUUGGAAUGCUGACGCAUCUUCAACUGCUACCUUGCUGAUCAAAUGUCGUGCCAAGCGUGAAGUCUGCGAACGCGAAAGUGGCAUGAAUCUUGGUCCAGCCCACUUGAAGGCAACACGGUGGGACUCAGCCUCUGAUUCCAUCCAAGCAUCAAACGCCCUCGCUAAAGCAUUCUCGUUGGCAAAUAGUGAUUCAGCUUCGCUCUCAAGAUCUCCAAGCAAGAAAAUGCAUGUUCGCGGCCGGUCCAGUCGACAGCAGCCUUGGUGGCUGUUUGUCAUCGCACUCUCCUAUGUUUUGAUCCUUACCUUCUCGUCUGCUGCUCCCACUGGCCGCGCUCUACAGCAAAGCAACCCCGAGCUCAGCGCGGUAAAAAAUGUUCAUCCCGAGGUUUACCAAAAUCUGGCGAAGGCCAGACUUAGGAAGAGGGGCAACCCUCAGGAGUACAUGACGGUGCGGUAUCCCGGUGAGAAAAUCAUAAUCACGAGGCAGAAUGGAGUCUACAUGUUCAACUACCUAAAUUCGGAACGAUCUUCAGUGAUGCAGGCGCGCAAGUGGUCCGAGCUUCCAACCUGGACGAAGUCCAAGUUUCACUUUUUAGAAGGUCCUGCGCCUAAUGAUGACCCACGUCCUAGCCGAAACGGCAUUGUUAUCACUCCGAACCCCUUGACGUACGAGGACACCUACAAAGACACCUACGAGGACCCAAUGUUGCCUAAACAAAGAAUUGUCGUCUGGCGACACGACAAUGGUAGGCUCGAAUUCGGAUAUCACCAAGCUGAUGGUAUAAUUCGGCGUGUGCCAUCUCACAAACUCCCGCAGCAAAUUCAAAGCCACAUCGAGAAGGUGCCUGAAUUGAAACAAUUAUUGGAAAACACUGCCAGUUCUUCUCGCGUUUUCCACCCUCGCAAGUGA